AUGAGCGGCAAUCGGCUAAAGCUGCUGAAUCUCAUCAUCUGCACACGUUCAUCUGGUGCUGCGGUCACAUUCCUCUAUAUCUCUGUGAAAAUACUUUAUACGGUUAAUAUUGUCGGCCAGAUAUUCCUUCUUAAUACUUUCCUCGGCAAUCGAAGCAAGUGGUAUGGAUUGCAGGUGCUCAACGAUCUGAUGAAUGGACGAGAAUGGGAAGAAUCGGGACAUUUUCCGAGAGUGACACUUUGCGACUUCGAAGUCAAAGUACUGGGCAAUGUUCAUCGCCAUACUGUCCAAUGCGUGCUGAUGAUCAACAUGUUCAAUGAGAAGAUUUUUCUAUUUCUAUGGCAAUUGAAUUUCGUCGGCAAAUACCUCACCGGCAUUGAAGGUUACAAGAUGGUCGACUCGCAAUCGCUGCGGCGAUUUGUUUUCCAUUUCCUGCGACAGGACGGCGUGUUUCUGUUACGAAUGGUGGCAACGCAUGCUGGUGAACUACCGUGUUAUGAACUCGCAAAAACGUUGUGGAACAACUACUGUGAUAACAAAGAGGGCAAGAUGCAUGACGUCUAA